AUUAAGGAACUACCACAGCUCACUAGCGGUUCACUAUCAUUGCCACACUUUGUGGUGCAAGCUGGUGAUGGUGACUCUAGCAGCAACCUUGUCCUACUACAACACACAGAUCCUGCCGUACUAGAGAUAACUAAACUUGAAAAUGUGAAGUCUGCAGGAGAGGCACAACGUAUAAAAUUAAUGGAAAAGCAAAGCCUGGAAGACUUGAAACUGGAGUGGAUUGGAGAUGUCGAGAGAUUUGUGGAUGACAAGAUUCUAUUGGAAAAUCUAGUGCCACCAAGCACAUUGAAGAAGUUGAAGAUAUGUGGUUAUAAUGGUGUCAGCUUUCCAGCCUGGCUAGUGAACCAAGUACCAAACCUAGAAAAUUUGGUUCUCAGAGGUAUGGCAAGCCUGGUUGAGUGGAACAUGUCAUACUCCAGUGGUGAAGAGCACGUGAUUGAGAGACUGGAAAUACAUGAUUGCCCCGUGUUAAGGAUGAAACCGCUUCCACCAAAAUGUAAAUGCUUAUUGAUAUCGAACAGUGAUAAUGUGUUAUCAUCAUGGGAAGAGUGUACUGUGUCAGACACCAAUGGUUCCUAUUCUUCUCCAAUAACCACUGAGUUGUCAGUUAAACACUGCAUGGUACCUUUGCAUCAGUGGAGAUUGAUUCAAUACUUCUUUGGCCUCACUGUUUUGUCCAUUGAAAACUGCAGUGAUCUAACCGGCUCAGCAGACACCAUCCAACAUCUCUCCUCUUUGGAGAAACUGUGCCUGCAAGAUCAAGACCAAGAAGAACUGCCAAAAUGGAUGGGUGAGCUCACAUCUCUACAGGGUCUGACAAUGGAAAGAUGCAAAUGGCUAAAAGGGUUUAACGAGAAUAUGAGGCAACUCACACAGCUAAAAUCACUGUACUUGUCCACGUGCAAGAUCAUAUCACUGCCUCAUUGGUUAGGCGAAUUAACCUCUCUCAAGGAACUCACCAUAAAGGAGUGUGAUGUCUUGAGAUAUUUGCCGGAAAGCAUACAGCUACUCACCAACCUCCGAGUUCUGGCAAUUAGUUGCUGCCCUGAACUAAAGUUUGUGAUGGAACCAGAGGAGGGGAAGUUAAAGCUCACUCAUAACCAAGAAAGGGUAUGCGUCUUGCCCACCUCUCUCAAGGAAUUUGGUAUCUAUAGAUGUGAGGGUAUCAAGUCUUUGCCUUGGGGCAUACAACAACUCACCAACCUCAAAGCACUAUACAUUCGUGGUUGCCCUGAACUAUAUCAGUGGUGUCAAUUAGAGGAGAACAACAUGAAGCUACUUCACAUAGGAUAUAAAGUAUGUGGCCAGUCACACUUCUCUGCCGUACUAAUCAUGCUUUGCAAUGCUUAUUCAUUCUUCUUUUCCUGAUGUUAGAAUAUAUUAUGUCUUGCAUCUCUUAGAGAUGGU